AUGUCGUCGACGCGCCAGAACCGGUUUCCAGACAUGUCUGGACCCAGUCUCGUUAGGAACGACAGUGGGACUAGCGAAGGCUCACGAUUCUGCAUAUGGGGAAGCUCGGGUUGCGCCAACCUGCGCGCCGAGACCGAGUUCAUCCCCGACAACCCGCGCUGCAGCUACUGCCGGGGCAGCAAGAAGAACAACGCCGCCGCCAAGCGGAAGCCCAAGAAGCCUAGCAAUGCGGUGCCGUCUUCCUCCUCCUCCUCCUCGCUCCUCCUCGACGCCGCCCUCGAGACAUCCUACCCGACCCCUGAGGGCAGCGACAAGAUCUGGUGCACCGGCGCCGGGCACGAGGGCGACCGAGCCACGUCGUCGGCCCAGUUCCGCCCGCGCGAGCCGUACCCGUGCGAGGACCACCGCGGCACCCAGGCGUGGCGGAUCCGGCGCGACAUCGUGUGCGACUCGUGCAGGGGAAUCCGGGACCCCGAGACGGGUCGGCUUACAGGUGAGCCCAUUGCACAGGUGCACUACAUCCCAACGGACUACUUCAGCCUGGUCAAGAGCAAGAAGCUCGACUGGUGGUAUAAUGCGUUCCGGCGGGCGGCGCUGCAAUGCGAUCCCCGAGGAGGCGGCGGUGUCGGCGUUGGGCAGGGCCACCCGAGGGGAGGAAGUGGGAAGCAGCAGGAGCCGGACGACGCGAUGAUGCUUGACGCGCCGGCCGUCUGCAAUGAGAAUGGCACCAAUCCUCCCUUUGCGGAGGUAGACCUCGACCAUAUCGACAGCUACACGGACGAGCAGUGGGACGCGACCCUCCAGCUCAUGGAGGAGGACCUGCUCGGCUUCGACGGCGACCUCGAGGGCGUCGACUUUGUCACCGCCAUGUACGAGGACUUCAAGCGGCAGGCUGAUCAGAGGUCUCCGACCCCUCCGGCGGAGCAACUUAUGGAGCAGGCCGUGACGGCGUGGGAGGCCCAGCAGCGCGAGAUUGAGCUCCAGCAGUUGCAGUUGUUGAAGGACUACACGGAUCAGUUCGAUCAAGCUCAAUCUCAAGUCCAAUUCCAGAGUCACAGUCAGAAUCACAGCCAGAGCCAGAGCCCCGAGAUCAAGUACGAGCACCCCUUUACUCAAGGCGAGGAUCAGUGCGUCAACAUGGACAUGGACGUGGACAUGAAGCACCACGACAACUCCCUUACGGACAUCCAGAUCUGCCACAACCACCAUGACCACGCGCAACAACAACAACCAGCCUCAAAGCCACCUCAGAGCUCCAGCAUCCUCCCCGUAGGACGGCAGAACGCUCCGCCGCACGUCAGGAAGAACAUGGAGACGCUCGUGAGCAACGACAUGGGCCUGCAGUGUCCUUCGUGUGGCGUCAUCGGCCGCGUCGAGCUGUUCUUCCGCGGCUUCGCGCUCAACGACCUUGAGAUCACGAUACGGCCCGACUGGGUGCAGUGCCUGCGCUGCGUGGAACCCGCGCCGAAGAAGUGA